AUGAUUUUAAUGAAAAUGAGCAUCAUGAUAGCGAAAUAGAUGGGUUAUAACAAGCUGAAAUUAAUAAAUAACAUCAAUAAGAAAAAGGAAAACUAGAUUUAUCCAAACUAAACGAAAUGCUUAAAGAAGAUUUAGACAGGGAGAGAAAAGAAAUGGCAGUAGAUUCUGAUGAAGAAGAUGAAAUAAAGAAGAAAAAGAAAGAAGAAUUCUAGAAAAAAAGAAAGGCACAUUAUAAUGAAGGAGUCUUCAUAAAAAAAGCAAUAAUAAAGGACGAGGAAGAAGAUGUUUGAUAAUAAAGUUGAAAGAUUAAAUAAAAAUGUUUAAAAAAAAAUAAAAAAUUGUAAAAGAAUAAAAAAUAAAGAUUAUAAAUUAAUUUAAAUUAUGUUUGUUUAAAUUAAAUUUCGUUUUAUCUAUUAUAUAUAAUUAUAUUAAGAAAUAUCUGCUAUUCAUUUUAUAUCUAUUUUUAUAUAACAUACCAAUUUAAUUGAUAUAUAAAUUUACUUAUAAAAUAAAUAAAAAAUAGAAUCAAUUUAUUUAUUUUUAUAAUUAUGCUUGUUUGUUUGUUUAAAGUUUAUUUCAUUUUGUAUGUUUAUUAUAGACAUAACCAAAUAUUAUUUAUUAAUCUGUCAGUAAACAAAUGAAUGA